UGCACUACAUCAUGAAUACCAGCACACCUCCGCGAGAAUGCGCAGACGUCAGCGGUGAGUUUUAGUUUUGCAAUUUGAAAACAAAUGCCAUGUGCGUACUACAAUGGACACUCCUACUUCUCCGAAAUCUGUCACAUUUUCUCCUGUUUCAGAUCGCAGCGCUACCAGCUCUGCCAAGGGCAACUUGACCGGUAUCGCCCGAAAGAUAAAAGACAGCUGCGCUGACAUUUACAACUUGUCGCAGAGAUGGGACACCCUCCGAGCCAACGGAGCCGUACUGCUGAAUAGGAUAGCCGGCGCGAAGCUGAAAAGCCUGCAGGCUAAGGAGGAUGAAGCUUCAGAUGAAACAGAAGCCAGUGAUGAGAAGCUCUUGGAGCUUUGUUCCUUACUUUUUGACGUGUGGACUGAGAUGGAGCAGCAAGUCACCAAGAUGACUGCGAUUGUCAACAACUUGUCAGCUGUGGUGGACCUCCACAACACCUCAUCUUCAUUGCGCGUCGACGAAAUUCCCUUCACUACGUGGCCAGUCGAACGUUUCUAUAAUACGGCCUGUGAGAUUGCUGUAGCAUUCGCAAAGGAAUUGGGAAUUAAAAAAUGCAUCGUGGAAGAGGUCGCCAUGCAGGGUGAUGAGAAGACCUUGUCGUUUUAUGUGACAGCGUGGACUUACCAGGCCUACAUAGACGCGGAAACUGAAUUGUCCCUCGAAGCACUGGUGCGUGAAGUUGGCCUCAAGUGAACGCACCUCACGCGCGGGUGUUUGUGACCUGUGAGCAUGUUUACUUUGAGAAAUCACUGCGAUGGUAGACUUUUAUCAGCGGCGGCAUUAUUUGGAGUCGACAUUAUCGCCUUGCCGAUAAAUUCCCGUGGCUACAAAGAGAAAACUACAGAGGCGGAGUACUUUCACGAUGCCUUACUGCGCCAAAUAGUCCGACAGCGCUUUCUGUUUUGGUUUGUUAGAGCAAACACUGAAUCAGCAUAGCUUGUGACUUGCACCCGAUUCACAUUUGCAAGAAUGUGAAAGAGUAAAUGAAAACAAAAAUUGAAAUAUAACACCAAGUAGUGCAUCUUGCGUGUUAUUUUAGUACAAGAAAGGGAAAAAUUGUACAUAGAUAUCCUCUUAUACAUACUUCUAUGUAGCAUUAAAGUACAUACUUUGUAGCUUCGUGCUACAUUCAUGUGGAUAAAAUUUUUUUUCCUUCCUGCCCCUUGCGGGAUCCCACAGAACUGAUUUGCCAUAUUUUAAUACAACUGCUGCAGUAAAUAAGAUUUAUAUGUCUUCUGUUCUCCAUAUUAAACUCGGAUGAGACUGUG